AUGGCAGACGCCCUCAACGCAGAGGAGGAGAGCCUCCUCCAAUCUGCGCUGCAGACGGCCUUCACGCCGGUCCCUCUCCCUAAGCAGUCCGCUGCACCAGAGCAGCCUGCCUCCGCACCAGAGCCAGCCCAGGAGGAGUCUGGGCCCACUCCUGCACCCGCCGUGCCGGAGCACGAGUCUACUGAGGAGGUCUGGAAGGCCGAGUACGAUGCCCAUGUCGCAGAAUGGCGCCGGGCCUCUGCCGAACAGCGCGAGCAGGCCGAGCGGGAACGCACACGGUGGGAGGAGAUCCGGAAGAAGGAGAGGGAGGAGGGGAAGGCGCGGGGCAGUGCGCGGAGCGACGGAUGGGAGAGUGUGGGAGGGAGCACGAGCGCGAGCAUGGUCCUGGACACUACGGCGAGCACGAGCACGGCGGCGAGUGUUGGCGGGGAGGCAGGAGGGGAGCCGAGCGUCGCUGAUGCGCGCGACCUCGUGAGCGGCGAGGGGCAGGGGAGGAAGACCAAGGAGGAACUGGAGCAGGCCAUCCUCCCAGGCUCGCACGCCCAGGCACGCUCGCGCUUCUCGACGCCGCCAGACGCGCCCGAGGUCGAGCACAAGUGGGAGGACAUCCACUCCUCCGACCCCGACUCCCUCGCGUCGUCCUACCCCUCGCUCUCCUUCCCCUCGGACCCCCACUCGCCCUCCUCAUCCCUCCCGCACCCACUACCACCACACGCACACGGCCACGCGCACCACCAUGCGCACCCCCACCACGCGCACGAGCCCUCGCACGAACACACGCGCGAGGCACCGUCGACGACCCAGGCGCUCUUCGACACGUCCCUCUCGCCGCGCACGCGCGUCCUCGCGCUCGUCGCGAGCCUCGCGGUGAACAUCGGCCUGCCCUUCAUCAACGGCGUCAUGCUCGGCUUCGGCGAGAUCUUCGCGAAGGAGGUUCUGGUCGUCUGGCUCGGCUGGGGCAAGCGAUCCUCGUCUUCAACGCAGGCGCAGGAGCGUGCGCGGCCCGGUGCGAGAGAGGGCGGCGCCGGGCUCAGGACAGCAGAGCGGAGAUAG